CUUUUUUUGUUAUCAUCAUUGUUUAAUUUGUUAUCUUUCCCAUUUCUUUCAUUUCUUCAAUUCUUUUCUUCUUCUUUUCUUCUAUUACUUUCUUCAUCCACUCCAAUCUCAUCAUAAGCAUUUGCAUUUGAUAUGGCGUUAUCCAACAAUUCAGCUGCAGCCACUCAGGUCAUGGAUGGCACUGGCGUUAUCCAGCUGGAUCCAUGGCUGGAACCCUACAAGGAAUCUCUGAAGCAAAGAUAUGCCGCAUAUAAAAAAUGGAAGGAUAUCAUCGACCAGCAUGGUGGUUACGAAAAGUUCACUCGAGGCUAUGAAUACCUUGGAUUUCAAAUCUCGGAUAAAGGGAUCACUUACAGAGAAUGGGCCCCCAAUGCGAAAGAAGCUUUUCUCUUUGGCGACUUUAACCAAUGGAACCCUUCGAGUCACCCUAUGAAGAAGGAUGCAUAUGGCGUGUUUGAGAUCUUUUUGCCAAACAAGGCUGACGGAACACCAGCAAUUGCUCACAACAGCAAAGUCAAGAUUACCAUGAUCAAGCCUAAUGGGGAACGUAUUGACCGUUUGCCUGCGUGGAUUCUCCGCGUCACUCAGGAUCUGAGCGUUUCACCUACUUAUGACGCUGUCUUUUGGAAUCCACCAAAGAAGUAUCAGUGGAAAAACAAGGCGCCACCCAAGCCAAAGAGCAUCAAAGUAUACGAAGCUCAUGUGGGUAUUGCGACUCCGGAGGGUCGUGUUGGCCAAUUUACUGAAUUCACUGCAAAUGUGCUACCCAGGAUUAAAAAGCUGGGAUACAACACAAUUCAGCUUAUGGCCAUUAUGGAACACGCUUACUACGCCUCCUUUGGAUAUCAGGUUACUAGCUUCUUUGCUGCGAGCAGUCGUUAUGGUACUCCUGAGGAACUCAUGGAGCUCAUCGACACAGCCCAUGGUAUGGGAAUCACUGUCCUCUUGGACGUUGUUCAUUCCCACGCCUGCAAGAAUGUUCUCGAUGGACUUAACGAGUUUGAUGGAAGUGAUCACCAAUACUUCCAUGGGGGAGAAAAGGGACGCCAUGAGCUUUGGGACUCUCGUCUCUUCAACUAUGGCAAUUAUGAGACUAUGCGAUUCCUGUUGAGCAAUUUGAGAUUCUAUAUGGACCGAUAUGCCUUUGACGGGUUCAGAUUUGAUGGAGUGACUAGCAUGAUGUAUGUCCAUCACGGUAUUGGUUACGGAUUCUCGGGCAACUACCACGAAUACUUUGGUAACUUGGUGGACAUUGAAGCCGUCGUGUAUUUGAUGGUCGCCAAUGAUAUGCUGCAUCAGCUCUAUCCAAAUUGCAUCACAGUUGCUGAAGAUGUCUCUGGAAUGCCUACGCUUUGCAGACCUGUCUCGGAGGGCGGUAUCGGAUUUGACUAUCGCCUGUCGAUGGCAAUCCCUGAUAUGUGGAUCAAACUGCUAAAAGAAAAGUCUGACGAUGAAUGGGACAUUGGUAAUAUUGUCUUUACUCUCACCAAUAGGAGAUACAAGGAGCCCUCCAUUGCCUAUUGUGAGUCGCACGACCAAGCUCUGGUUGGAGACAAGACGAUUGCUUUCUGGCUCAUGGACAAGGAGAUGUACACUCACAUGAGUGUUCUAACUGAACUCACACAUAUCAUUGACCGUGGUUUGGCUCUUCAUAAGAUGAUCAGGUUGGUUACGCAUGCUCUCGGAGGGGAGGGUUAUUUGAACUUUAUCGGAAACGAGUUUGGUCAUCCAGAGUGGCUCGAUUUUCCGCGAGAUGGCAACAACUCGUCAUUCCACUAUGCUCGUCGGCAAUGGAACGUAGUUGACGACGACCUGCUUCGAUACAAGCAACUCAACGACUUUGACGCUGCCAUGAACAAUGCCGAAUCCCAAGUCGGAUGGCUCAGCGCCCCACAGGGCUUCGUGUCCUGGAAGCACGAGCAAGACAAAGUCCUGGCCUUUGACCGCGCGGGUGCUGUCUUCAUCUUUAAUUUCCACCCUUCAAAGUCCUUUACUGACUAUCGCGUUGCUGUUCCUGCCCCUGGAAAAUACAAGGUCUUACUAAACACAGACGAAUCACGUUUUGGAGGUCAUAACCGUGUCCAAAAUGACAGCGUAUACUUCUCCACACCGGAAUCCUGGGCAGGUC